CUCUGCCCUGACUUUCCUGCUAUCUGAAGGCUUUGGCAUCCAGCAUGAAGUUGUCAAGUGGCCUCCUCUUCCUCUUGUUUCUCCUCACCUUCACCAUGGACCAGCAAGAAGCUAAAGUGAUCAGUAAAAAUUCAUUCUCAGGUGGUUGUGUUGAGCUCUGUAGAGGGGACUGGGACUGUGAGCCUGAAGAGCACUGUGUCAGCAAUGGAUGUAGCCAUAUCUGCUCAGACCAAUAUAUUUAGAAUCUCCUUAGAGAAGAACUCACUCGA